CCCCCGGGCAGGUGGCGAGCGAGCGGAGCCGGGCGGAGCGCGGGGGGCGAGGCCGGCGCGUCGCUCGCGGGAGGCCGGGGAGCAGCAGGGGCAUGUGGAUACUGGCUCUCUCCUUGUUCCAGAGCUUCGCGAAUGUUUUCAGUGAGGACCUUCACUCCAGCCUCUACUUUGUCAAUGCAUCUCUGCAAGAGGUAGUGUUUGCGAGCACCACGGGGACCCUGGUGCCCUGCCCCGCUGCAGGCAUCCCUCCUGUGUCUCUCAGAUGGUACCUAGCAACGGGCGAGGAGAUCUACGAUGUCCCCGGGAUCCGCCACGUCCACCCCAACGGCACUCUCCAAAUUUUCCCCUUCCCUCCUUCAAGCUUUAGUACCUUAAUCCAUGAUAAUACUUACUAUUGCACAGCUGAAAAUCCUUCAGGGAAAAUUAGAAGUCAGGAUGUCCACAUCAAGGCUGUUUUACGGGAGCCCUAUACAGUCCGUGUGGAGGACCAGAAAACCAUGAGAGGCAAUGUUGCGGUCUUCAAGUGCAUUAUCCCCUCCUCGGUGGAGGCGUACGUCACCGUGGUCUCAUGGGAGAAAGACACCGUGGUACUCAUCUCAGGAUCUAGAUUUCUCAUCACAUCCACGGGAGCCUUGUAUAUUAAAGAUGUACAGAAUGAAGAUGGGUUGUAUAACUACCGCUGUAUCACGCGGCAUAGAUACACCGGGGAGACCAGGCAGAGUAACAGCGCUAGACUGUUUGUAUCAGACCCAGCGAACUCAGCCCCGUCCAUACUGGAUGGGUUUGAUCAUCGCAAAGCCAUGGCAGGGCAGCGUGUGGAGUUGCCUUGCAAAGCGCUUGGGCAUCCUGAGCCAGAUUAUCGCUGGCUGAAGGACAACAUGCCCCUGGAACUUUCUGGAAGGUUUCAGAAGACCGUGACAGGGCUGCUCAUUGAGAACACUCGUCCUUCAGACUCAGGCAGCUAUGUGUGUGAAGUUUCCAACAGAUACGGAACUGCUAAGGUGAUAGGCCGCCUGUACGUGAAACAGCCACUGAAAGCUACCAUCAGCCCCAGGAAAGUUAAAAGCAGCGUGGGUAGCCAGGUUUCCUUGUCCUGCAGCGUGACAGGCAGUGAGGACCAGGAACUCUCCUGGUACCGAAACGGUGAAAUCCUCAACCCUGGAAAAAAUGUGAGGAUCACAGGGAUCAACCACGAAAACCUUAUAAUGGAUCACAUGGUCAAAAGUGACGGGGGCGCAUACCAGUGCUUUGUGCGCAAGGAUAAGCUGUCCGCUCAAGACUAUGUGCAGGUGGUCCUUGAAGACGGAACUCCCAAAAUUAUUUCUGCCUUUAGUGAAAAAGUGGUGAGUCCAGCAGAACCAGUCUCCCUCAUGUGCAACGUCAAGGGAACUCCGUUGCCCACCAUCACGUGGACCCUGGACGACGACCCGAUCCUCAAGGGUGGCAGUCACCGCAUCAGCCAGAUGAUCACGUCGGAGGGAAACGUGGUCAGCUACCUGAACAUCUCCAGCUCUCAGGUCCGGGAUGGGGGAGUCUACCGCUGCACUGCCAACAAUUCGGCGGGAGUCGUCCUGUACCAGGCUCGAAUAAACGUAAGAGGGCCUGCAAGCAUUCGGCCAAUGAAAAAUAUCACGGCCAUCGCAGGACGGGACACGUACAUCCACUGCCGUGUGAUUGGCUAUCCGUAUUACUCCAUCAAAUGGUACAAGAACUCUAAUCUGCUUCCUUUCAACCACCGCCAAGUGGCAUUUGAGAACAACGGCACUCUAAAACUCUCAGAUGUGCAAAAGGAAGUGGAUGAGGGAGAGUACACGUGCAACGUGCUGGUUCAACCGCAGCUCUCCACCAGCCAGAGUGUCCACGUGACGGUCAAAGUUCCACCUUUCAUCCAACCUUUUGAGUUUCCAAGAUUCUCCAUUGGACAGCGGGUCUUUAUCCCAUGUGUUGUGGUCUCAGGGGACUUACCCAUCACGAUCACUUGGCAGAAGGAUGGCCGGCCAAUCCCAGCGAGCCUCGGGGUGACCAUCGACAACAUUGACUUCACAAGCUCCUUGCGGAUUUCCAAUCUCUCCCUCAUGCACAAUGGGAACUAUACCUGCAUAGCCCGGAAUGAGGCAGCAGCUGUGGAACACCAAAGCCAGCUGAUCGUAAGAGUUCCUCCGAAAUUUGUGGUUCAGCCACGGGACCAGGACGGGAUUUAUGGCAAGGCUGUCAUCCUCAAUUGCUCAGCUGAGGGCUAUCCUGUACCCACCAUAGUGUGGAAAUUCUCUAAAGGUGCUGGGGUUCCCCAGUUCCAACCAAUUGCCCUGAAUGGCCGAAUUCAGGUUCUGAGCAACGGGUCCUUGUUGAUCAAGCACGUCGUGGAGGAAGACAGCGGCUACUACCUGUGCAAGGUCAGCAACGAUGUGGGUGCAGACGUCAGCAAGUCCAUGUACCUCACGGUGAAAAUUCCUGCGAUGAUAACGUCCUAUCCAAAUACGACCCUAGCCACUCAGGGUCAAAAGAAAGAAAUGAGUUGCGCAGCCCAUGGCGAGAAGCCCAUCAUCGUCCGCUGGGAGAAGGAGGACCGUAUCAUUAACCCCGAGAUGGCCCGUUACCUUGUGUCCACCAAGGAGGUGGGAGAGGAAGUGAUCUCAACGCUGCAGAUUUUGCCAACUGUUAGAGAAGAUUCUGGCUUCUUCUCCUGUCAUGCUAUCAAUUCUUAUGGGGAGGACCGUGGAAUAAUUCAGCUCACAGUGCAAGAGCCCCCAGACCCUCCCGAAAUUGAGAUCAAAGACGUGAAAGCUCGCACAAUCACCCUCAGGUGGACCAUGGGGUUUGACGGCAACAGCCCCAUCACGGGCUACGAUAUUGAGUGCAAAAAUAAAUCAGACUCCUGGGAUUCCGCUCAGAGAACCAAAGAUGUUUCCCCUCAGCUGAACUCGGCCACCAUCAUUGAUAUCCACCCUUCCUCCACCUACAGCAUCCGCAUGUAUGCCAAGAACCGGAUUGGCAAGAGCGAGCCCAGCAACGAGCUCUCCAUCACCGCGGACGAGGCAGCUCCUGACGGCCCACCUCAGGAAGUCCACUUGGAGCCCAUCUCAUCUCAGAGCAUCAGAGUCACCUGGAAGGCUCCCAAGAAACAUUUGCAAAAUGGGAUUAUCCGUGGCUACCAGAUAGGUUACCGCGAGUACAGCACCGGGGGCAACUUCCAAUUCAACAUUAUCAGUAUCGACACCACUGGGGACAGUGAGAUUUACACCCUGGACAACCUCAAUAAGUUCACCCAGUACGGCCUGGUAGUGCAGGCCUGCAACCGGGCCGGGACGGGACCUUCUUCUCAGGAAAUCAUCACCACCACCCUCGAGGAUGUGCCCAGUUACCCCCCUGAAAAUGUCCAAGCCAUAGCAACAUCACCAGAAAGCAUAUCAAUAUCCUGGUCCACACUUUCCAAGGAAGCCUUGAAUGGAAUUCUCCAGGGGUUCAGAGUCAUUUACUGGGCCAACCUGAUGGACGGAGAGCUGGGCGAGAUUAAAAACGUCACCACGACGCAGCCUUCUCUAGAGCUGGACGGGCUGGAGAAAUAUACCAACUACAGCAUCCAGGUGCUGGCCUUCACCCGUGCGGGGGACGGCGUCAGAAGUGAGCAGAUCUUCACUCGGACCAAAGAGGAUGUUCCAGGUCCUCCUGCGGGAGUGAAGGCAGCGGCGGCCUCAGCCUCCAUGGUCUUUGUGUCCUGGCUUCCCCCUCUCAAGCUGAACGGCAUCAUCCGAAAGUACACUGUAUUCUGCUCCCACCCCUAUCCCACAGUGAUCAGCGAGUUUGAAGCCUCUCCUGACUCAUUUUCCUACAGAAUUCCCAACCUGAGUCGGAACCGUCAGUACAGCGUCUGGGUGGUCGCGGUGACUUCAGCUGGGAGAGGAAACAGCAGUGAAAUCAUCACGGUAGAGCCAUUAGCUAAAGCUCCGGCACGAAUCCUGACCUUCAGUGGCACAGUGACUACCCCAUGGAUGAAAGACAUCGCCUUACCUUGUAAAGCUGUUGGGGACCCUUCUCCUGCAGUAAAAUGGAUGAAAGACAGGCAGUAACGGGACACCCAGCCUGGUAACGGUUGAUGGGCGGAGAAGCGUCUUCAGCAACGGGAGCUUCGUUAUCCGAACCGUGAAGGCAGAGGACUCUGGCUAUUACAGCUGCAUCGCCAAUAACAACUGGG